UACGUUGUGUCAUCGUGUUGCAAGGAAGAGCGAUAGUAUUGCAAAUUCGUAAAGGGGCCAAUUGAGCAAUUUUUCCAAAAAUUUUCCCGAGAAACUUUUCCAAAAAUCCCAAUUCGUUUCAGUUGGGAGGGUUGCCGCUCUAGUGAAGGUCAAGAGAGAAUGGAAUUGGCAAAGAAGAGAUGUAGAGCCGUGAUAGAGAGAAUAGAGAAACUGCCAACUUCCCCCAAUAAACUCACCGCUUCUUGCCAACGCACGCUCUUCAAAUUGGCUGACUCUGAGCUUCGCUUCCUUUCGCAUUUCUCCUCCUCUACUUUGACAUCUCUCAGUGUCAACAUUGGGCAUAUUGAAGCUGUUGUUCAUAUUCUCCAACAGCCUUUCAUUACAGGAGUUUCACGUGUUUGCAAGCCGAUUCCUUUUUCAUCCAGAUCUAGAAGGGGGCAGAAAAGUAUUUUGUCUAAAGAUGUCCAUGUUGAUAUAGUCUGUAUUCUUGAUAGGAACCCUGUCUGGAUUAUUGUUUCUGAUAGGAACCCGAAGUACGUUUCAUGGAAUGAGUCCCACAAAAGUAAGGGCUUAAAACUGCGAAUUGAGCAGGCUCUGGCUGCUGCCCGGACUUCUGUGGCACUAAAACCUUCCUCAAUUAUUCUUUUCUUCUCAAAUGGACUCAAAAGCGAAAUAUAUGAGAAACUGAAAGAUGAAUUUGGAGCAGUUGAGCUGGGGUUGGAGUUUUCUGUUUUCAAUUUUGAUUUCUCUGAGGAUUUGGAAGGUGACUGGAUCAGUGUUCUUUCAAGGACAUAUAGAGAGGCAUGUGUGCUUGAAAUAAAGGUUAAUGAAACAAGGGAUGCUGCUUCGACGGUGGAAUGUGUCAAAGACUCAUUACGGGAGGCUGCUAGGGUGGGGCUUUCAAAAGGUCACAUGGAAAAAGAUGUAGGUAAUUCGUUCUCUUCUCUUAUUUCUAGAAUGGCAUUCUUCUCUAUGGAAGAGAAAAGUGCAGACAACACUAAUCCGGCAAUCCCAUUGGGAGAAGGUGAUUUUGUAAAUUUUGAUACAACAGCUUUGAUUGCUCUUGUGUCUGGAAUUAGUAAUGGUGCAAGUGAGAAACUCUUGGCUACGCCUGAAGCUGAAUUGAGGCAGCGGUUUAAGGGAAACUAUGAGUUUGUGAUUGGGCAGGUAAGGUCUGAAAUUCAGCAUCCAAUUCAUGAGGAACUAGGCAGUGUAAUAUCUGGAAAGAGAGGUAUAAUUUGUCAAAGUGUUUGUUCAGAGUUCAUGGAGUUAGUAUCGAUGUGUGGAGGGCCUAAUGAAAAGUUGAGAGCUGAUCAGUUACUUAGAUGCCUCAUGGUCGUGCCUGACAGUCCCUCGGAGCGCAUGAUGAGCCUCCCCACAACUAGGAAGCUUGUAUUGAAGAAUAAGAUCGUUUUUGGCACUGGCGAUGCGUGGCAUGCCCCGACUAUGACAGCAAAUAUGGCAUUUGUGAGAGCAAUUUCUCAGACUGGGAUGUCCCUGUUCACCAUUGGGCAUAGACCCCGAGCUUUAACUGGUGACUAAGCCAUAUGUCUGUCAAUGGUGAAACAAUGGCCUCUGGGCUAACGCUUGGUUGCAAGGGAUUCCUUCUUCAAUUGAAGUAGUUGCAUAAUGUACAUAUCCGUUAACAAUUUACGAUGAAUAGAUUUCGGAGAAUGAAAUCCUUAUAUGCUAGGUAAAACUUUGUAUCAGCCUCUAAAUUAUGAUAAACACAAUUUUGAUGAAUCCUUUCUUCUGUCCGGCAAUUUAGAUAAUGACAGAAUUAUGAUAAUUACACAUUAACGACACAAAA